AUGAUGGUCACUAGAUCAUUCCGCUUACCAGUGCAACUGGCCCUAUCUCGGCCGCGCAUGUUGCUGAUCCGCUCACAGAGAGCCCCGUUCGUUUCUCGGUCGCAUCCUGCACGCUCAAAUGCUACCAACCCACCACCUCCGCCACCCCAGAAUGAUUCGCCCAACUCGGGUUCGCCUUCAGAUCUGGAUGCAAAAAAGUCGGAUGCUCCUUUCAAGAAGGGGAUUCAACUCGACAUUGAUGCAUCUUCUCUCGUAGAUGCUCAGUCUAUAUCAGCCCCGUCCGGCGAAGAUGGUCAAGAUGGCUCUAGCACGCAGCGCACCAAUGCGAAAGCGCGAUCUGACUCAAAUUCAAACCAGUCGGACUUUGGCCAACGCAUCAUGACACAGGGUGCCAUUAUUGGUUGUAUUCUUCUCGCUGGAUAUGGUGUAUGGAUGUUAGGCCGUGAUCUUGAUGAACGUGAGCAUGAAGUCUUCCAUGAUAAGGAGGGUGUAAACUCAUUCUUCGGCCGCCUUAAACUCCGGUACGAUGUCAUGCGAGAGGGUGUGAAUAAGCCCGUAUGGGACCAUCUCUUGCCCGAUCCUCUUCCGUAUCCAUACUCACGCCCAUACACGCUUGUGUUGGAUCUCGAUCAACUUCUUGUUGCUUCGUCCUGGAGUACCUCACACGGUUGGCGCACAGCGAAACGCCCCGGACUUGAUUACUUCUUGGGCUACCUUUCGCAGUGGUAUGAAAUUGUUCUUUUCACCACACAGCCCUUCUAUGUUGUCGAAAAGAUUAUUGAGAAACUUGACCCUGACCGCCGCUAUAUCGCAUACCAGCUUUUCCGCGAAAGCUGCCGCCAGUCCGACGGCAAGCUGGUCAAGGAUAUCCGCCACUUGAAUCGCGAUCCGAAGAAGGUCAUUAUGUUGGACAUCAAUCCUGAACAUGUCUCAUUGCAGCCUGAAAAUGCGAUUGUGCUAGAGCCCUUGGAAGGGCGAUAA